UAUAUAAGUUUUGCUAUCAUGAAUUUGCAUGCAAUGAUCUUGUAUAUGAAAUCCUUUACUAUAGUAAGUACUAUAGCAAUUAGACAUUAUCAUACAAUAUUUUUGCAUUACCUUUUGUAAUUUCAUGGCUCAUCAAAAGGUAAAAAUCAUAGAGCAAUGCAAUGUUUCUCCCCCACCAAGCACCGUUCCCUCAACUUCUCUUCCUCUAACCUUCUUUGACAUUCCUUGGGUUACCUGUGGCCCAGUGCAAAGCAUUUUCUUCUAUGACUUUCCCUUCUCUUGUCACCACUUCUUGCAAACGGUGCUUCCCACUCUCAAAUACUCUCUUUCCCUAACCCUAAAACACUUUUUCCCUUUUGCUGGAAAUCUUGUGUUUCCUACUCGACCCCACUUCCCUCACAUCCUCUACUCGGAAGGUGACUCACUCUCCUUCACCAUUGCUGAGUCCAAUGCAGUGUUUCCAUGCCUCAUAGGUGACACUGCAAGAGAUGUUAGAGACUUGCACCCUUGUGUUCCUGUGUUGCCUACCCCUAGUGACAAAGAAGAUGGCACAUGGUUCUUCCCUCUUAUGGCUAUUCAACUCACCAUUUUUCCCAACCAAGGGUUCAGCAUUUGCAUGAGUUUAAGACACGUUGUGGAUGGAAGAGCAUUUCAUCAUUUCAUGAAAUCGUGGGCUUAUAUUUGUAGGAGCACAACAUGUGGUGGUGGUGACUUGGCAUCGUCCCUUGAAGGCUCUCAUGCUUUGCCGUUUCACAAUAGGGACAUCAUUGAAGAUCCCAAAGGGCUUAAAAUCACACUUUUGGAGGAGUUAUGGAAUUUGCCUCGAGAAAACAUGAAAAAACUCAUAGAUCGAUCCAUCACUAAUGUUGUCAUUAAUAACAAUGAAAAAGUUCGUGCUGUGUUCAUCUUGAACCGUGACCAUAUAGAGAAACUAAAGAAAUGGGUGUAUAGUGAGUGCAAGAGAAAUGGGUUUGACUUUGAGUCAUUGCACGUAUCAACCUUUGUGGUGACAAGUGCUUUGAUGUGGGUUUGUAAGGUUCAAUCAGAAGUGACCAAUCCUAUACCUAAUAAUGAUGAAAUAUACAAAUUGGCAUUUCUAGCCGAUUGUCGUAACCGUCUUGAGUUUUCAAUCCCUUCUACUUAUUUUGGAAAUUGUGUUGUUGGUCACAUGGCAUCACUCAAGAGGAGCAAGUUGGUGGGAGGAAAUGGGAUUGUUGAGGCAGCUAUUGCUAUUGGAAGGGAAGUUAGGGAAUUUCAGUUUGAUGCUUUGAAAGGGGUUGAAAGGUGUAUGGUUGAUGCUAAAGAAAUAGGACAAUUGGGACAACAUGUGGCAAUUACAGGGUCACCAAAGCUGGGCGCAUAUGCCAUUGAUUUUGGAUUGGGAAAGCCUAAAAAGUGUGAAAUACUUCAUAUAGAACACUCAGGAUCUAUUUCUCUUUCAGAUUGCAGGGAUGAUGAAGGUGGAGUGGAAGUUGGACUAGUACUUGGAAGGGUUCAAAUGGCUGAUUUUUCUACUAUCUUGAAAGAUUAUCUUGAAAAUGUUGCUAGUAGUGACUAGGAAGUUCCAUUUAUAUUUAUAAAACGAUUUCCACAUGGAUUUUUAUCUAAUGAUUAU